GAGAGAGGGUAUGACAGAGAGAGAAAGAGCACAGGGCGUUGCAAGCAAGGGAGGAAAUAUUGAUGAGAAUGAUGGACCUGAUGACGAAGAGUAGAACAAGGUGAUGAUGUGUGGUUCUGGAUGAGACUGGAAUCUCUAUUUAAAUCAUAUCAGACAGUCUGACGAGAAGAGGCAUAGUGACGAGAGAGGAUAAAAGAUAACAGACGGCCCCCACCAACUCAUUUCCCAGUUCACUCCUCUGCCAAGUACUGUACAAGGAACAUCAAUGGACCUGUCAAUCAACCUCUACCCCUUUCUCCUCCUCUUUUCCAUCAGUGGAGUUCUUGGAGUGUGCCCAAAUGGAUGCCAGUGCAGAGACAGCAAAAUCCUCUGCCAAGGCAGGUCAAUCACAGAGUUCCCGUCCUCAGUGCCUGACUCUACCACCACCUUCUACAUCUCCAACACCAACAUUACCGCUCUCAAACCCCAUGACUUGGCUACUUUUGCCGAGGCCCUUGGCAUCUUUGUGGUCAAAGACACUGGGAUCAGAGAGGUGUUCCCUGGCACCUUUGACCUCAGUCAUAACCUGGGUGCCCUGGGCUUCACCGGCACUGAGCUGAAUGACCUGCCUGAGGCCCUGUUUCUAAAUCUGGUGAAGCUGGAAUCUCUGACUCUGAGCGGCAACAAGCUCCUGGUGCUCCGCCCUGCCUGGCUCAACUCCCUCACUGCUCUUAGGACCAUGGACAUUAGCAAGAACCUCAUCACGUCUGUACCUGAGGAGGCCUUUCGCUCUGUCACUGAGCUGCAGCAUCUCUCCCUAGCCAGGAAUAACAUCAGUCAGCUUUCAAGGGACACCUUCAGGGGCCUGAGAAAUCUCAAAUCCCUGCGUCUGAACCGGAACGCUCUCAGGGAGAUUCCUGCCGGAGCGUUGGAUGACCUGGUGAGCCUGGAGGAGAUUUCUCUGCAGGAUAACGACAUCACUCAUCUCUCCGCUAACCUGUUCUCCCAGCUGCAGAGCCUGCAGAAGCUUUAUCUCUCCAGCAACCGGCUGACUUCCCUCCCACAGGGGAUUUUCCUCAACCUCCCAAACUUGGCCCAGAUCUCCCUGUAUGAGAAUGAGCUCCAGAGUCUGUCCGCAGGGGUUUUUGGGCCCAUGGCUCUGAAGGAGCUAUGGCUGUAUGACAACCGGCUGACACGCCUGGAGGGCAAAACCUUCAGCAACCUGACCCAGCUACGUCUGCUUGUGCUGAGCCGGAACCAGAUCAGCUCUGUGUCCCCCAGGGCCUUCAGUGGACUGGCCGAGCUGGGGGAAGUGUCCCUGCACACCAACCUCCUCACCAGCCUGCGGGAAGGGACCUUCCAGGGUCUGCCCAAGCUGGUCAACAUCUCCCUCAAGCACAACUACAUCAGCUCCCUCCCCGCAGGGCUUCUCCAGGGCCAGACCCAACUUGGCCAGCUGGUCCUCCACAACAACUCCCUACCCAAUCUGCCCUCAGAGCUCCUCAGCACCCUAACAGUGGCCAAUGAGGUGUUGCUGGCUGACAACCCCUGGAGGUGCGACCAGGAUAUUGUGCCACUGCGCGACUGGCUUACACGGCACCCCACCAAGACCAACCUCAGUGCUGUGGUGUGCCUCACGCCCUCUGCCCUGAGAGGUUACAGCAUAGCCAACCUGACCAACGACGAGCUGAUGCAGGAUACUACGACAGCCGUCCCUGAUAUCGCCCCCACAGAGAAGAGGAGGAAACCCCACACCCCCCCUCCCAAGACAAGCACCCCCUCUCCUGCUGCAGAGGCCACACCCACCCAGGAGCAGGGGGAGGACACCGGUAGUGGGCGGGGGAACGGAGAGGGCGUGUCCAGGAACACGCAGAUCCUUAUCACAGCGGUAGUCUGCACUGCUGUCAUCACCAGUCUCAUCGUCUGCUGCGUCUGUUGGAGGAGGAACAAGAGAGGCAGCCGCAAUCUUGGCCGCAGGAACAAAAACAACUCAGUUUUGCAGCUCUUUCAGAACAUCUGCUGUCUGGAUAUAGGGAAGGAGAAGGAGAAGCUGGGGAGGCUUCGUUGCCUGACUCUCUCUAUAACUGUCUUACUCGCCUCUGUCGAUUAUAAACCUCAAGACGAGAGGAAAUCAUCAGGAAAAAUGACUGGAGGACACACCUUCAUCUGUCUCCUACCUUUACUGAUUGGGUAUUCAUCUCAGUCCUGUCAGAAGGACUGUUCCAAAGAAAACCAGGAUGUUUAUGGCAUGGACGUGACACAGAUCCCAGUAAGUCUGAAAGCAGGUGUCACAGAGGUCUUCUUUGUGGACAGUAACAUCACUGUCAUCCCAAAGGGGGCCUUCGCCACCAACCUGAAGCUGGAAAAGGUAGCAUUCAUCAACACCCCCACUGUGUCCGUAGAGAACGGUGCUUUCGAGGGAUUGGUCAACCUCAAGCAUAUUGAGAUCUCCAAUACCCCACUAACAUCCUUGUCUGUAGAUGUCUUCCAAGACCUGCACAACCUGGAAGAACUUCUGCUGAAACACAACAAUAUCCGUAGUCUGGAGAAAGGAUUGUUUGAUGGCCUUAAGAAACUGAGAGAACUCCAAUUGCACAUUAACAAGAUUGACACCAUUGAGGAGGGGACAUUUGAUGACCUAGAAAACCUUCGGGCCCUCCAUCUGGCCAAAAACGACCUCAGUUCUGUGUCCUCCGCCCUGUUCUCGAAGCUGCACAAACUGGAGGUACUGAGGCUCUAUGAGAACCAACUUACCGCCAUUCCUGACGAUAUAUUAGAAAAUCUAUCCAAUUUAAAGGAGAUCGCUCUACAGAGUAACAACAUCACUUCAAUAUCAGCCAAUUUGUUCCCACAUAAAGACAAAUUAAACAAGAUACUUUUGGACAAUAACAUGUUGACUGAAUUGCCUCCAGAAAUAUUUGUGGGCUUUCCUCUGCUUAAAGCAUUGACACUAAAUGGAAAUAAACUUGCAAGUCUACCUCCUGUCCUCUUUGGAGAGAUGCCCAAGCUGACUGAUUUGAGUCUCAGUCGAAACAGUCUUACCAGCCUUCCUCAGGGAGUAUUUAGUCCUCUUAAGAAACUCAAGAAGUUGGAUCUGUCUAACAACCAAUUGUUAACCGUGUCUGAAGAGUCUUUUGAGGGCCUUGAGAAGCUAACAGAACUCAAUCUUCAAUACAACCACAUCAAAUCAUUGAAAGCAAACACCUUUGAAAAGCUGCCAUCACUAACCACCCUUAGACUGGCUCAUAAUAUCCUGGGGACACUUCCAGAGGAGGUAUUUGACCCCUUACCAAAACUCAGCAAAGUCUAUUUAAACAACAACACUUGGCAUUGUGACUGCAGGAUGGUCCCCCUCUUCAAUUGGAUGAAGGCAAACCCUGGCAAGAUCAAGUCUAUGACUCCUGAGAUCUGUAACCAGCCAGAGGAUUUAAAGGGACAAGAAAUCAUGUCUCUCAAAGAGGACCAGCUCAUAUGUCCUGUAUCUCCUCUGACCACCAUCCCUUCACUCACCACAACCACCACCUUAGCCCCUACCACAACCACCACCUUAGCCCCUACCACAACCACCACCUUAGCCCCUACCACAACCACCACCUUAGCCCCUACCACAACCACCACUUUAGCCCCUACCACAACCACCACCUUAGCCCCUACCACAACCACCACUUUAGCUCCUACCCCAACCACCACCUUAGCCCCUACCACAACCACCACCUUAGCCCCUACCACAACCACCACUUUAGCCCCUACCCCAACCACCACCUUAGCCCCUACCACAACCACCACCAUAGCCCCUACCACAACCACCACCUUAGCCCCUACCACAACCACCACCUUAGCCCCUACCACAACCACCACUUUAGGCCCUACCCCAACCACCACCUUAGCCCCUACCACAACCCCCACCUUAGCCCCUACCACAACCACCACCAUAGCCCCUACCACAACCACAACCUUAGCCCCUACCAUAACCACCACCUUAGCCCCUACCACAACCACCACCUUAGCCCCUACCACAACCACCACCUUAGCCCCUACCACAACCACCACCUUAGCCCCUACCACAACCACCACCUUAGCCCCUACCACAACCACCACCUUAGCCCCUACCACAUCCACCACCUUAGCCACCACCUUAGCCCCUACCACAACCACCACCUUAGCCCCUACCACAACCACCACUUUAGCCCCUACCACAACCACCACCUUAGCCCCUACCACAACCACCACCUUAGCCCCUACCACAACCACCACUUUAGCCCCUACCACAACCACAACCACAACCACAACCACCUUAGCCACAACCACAACCACUGUCUCAACCCCAAUACACACCACCACACUUUUGACCACUAUCCCAACAACCACCAUCACAAGAACCACCCAGAGAGAUUCAACAGAUCCACUGACCACGCCAAGGAUCUUCAGCUGUCCCAACAUAGCACCUUCUCGUCGCCCAUCCCCCUCCUACUACACCCGCCAGGCCUGGAGCAAGACCUCGCAGUGCAGGGCCCAGAUGAUAUCCUACACAGCCAUGCUGGUGGUGGAGAUAGGCUGCACCCUGGUGCUGGCUAAGUUCACCCUGUCUCUGUACAGCUUGCUCCAGCGCAGGGAGAGGCUGUACACACGGGUCAACCUGACUCACUUUUCCUACAGGAAGGAGAUCACGCUGAGGCCAGUCAAGGUGACAGAGACUGUGGGUCUGUGAUCAGAGGGGGGGGUUCGCAUGAUUGCGCACAUCACAAAGCCCUAGUGAUGGGGUAAGGCGGAAGAAAAUAGGGAAUGUUAGUUAUCUUUUCUGAAAAUUAAAUAAACACAAACAUAUUAAUCAAUCAAAUGUAUUUAUGAAGCCGUUUUUACAUCAGCCGAUGUCUUUGGGGUGCAACAGCCUAGGAGUAGUCCAAUACAGUAACAUGUUACAGUACAGUAACACAGUAACACAAUACAGUAACACGUUACAGUACAGUAACACAGUAGUCCAAUAUAGUAACACGUUACAGUACAGUAACACAGUAACACAGUACAGUAACACGUUACAAUACAGUAACACAGUACAGAAACACAAUACAGUAACACAGUAGUCCAAUACAGUAACACGUCACAGUACAGUAACACAGCAACACAAUACAGUAACAUGUUACAGUACAGUAACACAGUAACACAGUACAGUAACACGUUACAGUAAAGUAAUACAGUAGUCCAACACAGUAACACAGCAACACAGUACAGUAACACAGUAGUCCAAUACCGUAACACGUUACAGUACAGUAACACAGUAACACAAUACAGUAACACAGCAUCACAAUACAGUAACACGUUACAGUACAGUAACACAGUAGUCCAAUACCGUAACACGUUACAGUACAGUAACACAGUAACACAAUACAGUAACACAGCAACACAAUACAGUAACACGUUACAGUACAGUAACACUGUAGUCCAAUACAGUAACACGUUACAGUACAGUAACACAGUAGUCCAACACAGUAACACAAUACAGUCUUGUCCAUUCACCCUCUGAAUGACAUACAUACACAAUCCACGUCUCAAUUGUCUCAAGUCUUAAAACUCCUUCUUUAACCUGUCUCCUCCCCUUCAUCAUGUUGUGUAUUGUAUACUCAGUGUAUAUCACUCUUUACAUCGUAUGCUUAUAACAUGAUAAUAAUAGUUUAAUUUGUACAUAGUUGAAGAUACUAUUCUUUAUUUUCAAAACUAAAUAAAUGUUGUUCCUGUUAGCACCAGUCAUGGUAGAAAGCUCUCUCUGCAUUGUCUACUGAUGACAAAAUAUAUAUAUUUAAAAAAUGUACUCCUAAAGAAAGAGACCUGCCUCUGGCUUGAAACAAAGGCUGUGUGUCCGUGUGUGCCGAUGAUUCAACCACAUGCUCAUCAGCAGCCACAGCUAAUGAAGUCACUGAAACCCUUAACCAACAGUUGCAGUCUGUUAUGGAAUGGGUAGCCAGUAAUAAACUGUUCCUGAACAUCUCUAAAACUAAGAGCGUUGUAUUUGUUACAAAUCAUUCCCUAAGUUCUAGACCUCAGCUGAAUCUGGUAAUGAAUGCUGUGGCUGUUGAACAAGUUGAGGAGACUACAUUUCUUGGUGUUACCUGAGAUUGUAAACUGUCAAAACAUAUAUAUUCAAUGGUUGUAAAGAUGGGGAGAGGUCUGUCCGUAAUAAAAAUAAAAGCGCUGUUUUUUUUUACACAGUCCACAAAGCAA